AUGGUGUCUCCCCCCGGUGGUGCGAACCUCUCCCUGGUCCAAGGCCCCAGCGAUCCUCCCCUCUGGACAAAGACCCUCAGCGAGGUCAUCGCAGAGCAAGCAAAGCAGCAUGGCGACAAGGAAGCCCUCGUCGUGCCGUGGCAGUCGACCCGCCUGACGUACCGCCAGCUCGCGGAGCGCAGCAAGCUCGUGGCCAAGGCCCUGCUGGACACGGGGCUGCGUCACGGCCAAUGCGUCGGCAUCAUAGCAGGCAAUUGCUACCAGUAUAUCGAGGUGUUUCUGGGCGGUGCCAGAAUCGGCUGUCCGGUUGUGGUGCUGAACACGACGUAUUCGCCGGAGGAGUUUAGGGCGGCGGUGACGAGGAGCUCCUGCAAAGUCAUCUUCAUCGCCUCCACCAUCGGAUCAAGGAAGCUCGACGCGCACAUCGAGACACUAGCCACCAUCCCAGAGCUGAACCGCAUCGUCAGUCUAGCCGACAGCGACGCCCAUGUAAAAAACCUGGUCAAGGGCAAGGUCGAAACGCAGUCGUACAGCACCUUCGUGUCCAGCGCGCAUUCGGUGUUCCUGAACGACUCGUUUUUCCGCCGCGCGGAGAAGGCUGUCAAGCCGGAGGAUGUGUUGAAUUUGCAGUUUACGUCUGGAUCGACUGGAUUGCCCAAAGCGGCAAUGCUGACGCAUAUCAACCUGAUCAACGACGGCCGCUUCGUCGGCCAAGCCAUGCGGCUGACUCCCGCCGACGUUAUCAUCUGCCCGCCGCCGCUGUUCCACUGCUUCGGCCUGGUGAUGGGGUUCCUGGCGUCGUUCACGCACGGCAGCACCAUCGUCUUCCCGUCGGACCACUUCAACGCGACGCAGACCCUGGACGCCGUCGUGCAGGAGAAAGGCACAGCGCUACUGGGCGUGCCGACCAUGUUCCUGGCCGAGCUCGAGGUCAUGGACACGAACCCGGGGAAAUACGUGAUCAACACCCUGCGCACCGGCCUGGCGGCGGGCUCGCCGGUGCCCGCACCGCUCAUGCACCAGCUGCGCGAGAAGAUGAACGUCCGGGGCAUGCUGAUCGCGUACGGCAUGACGGAGACCAGCCCCGUGACGUUCAUCACGUCGCUGGACGAUACGCUGGAGAAGAUGACGACGACGCUGGGCCGGGUGCUGCCGCACACUGGGGCGAAGAUCAUCGACAAGCAGGGCAACAUCGUUCCCCGCGGUCAGCGCGGAGAGAUCUGCACGAGCGGGUUCGCGCUGCAGAAAGGGUACUGGAAGGACGAGGAAAGGACGCGCGAGGCGAUGCGGCGAGAUGAGAACGGCACGCUGUGGAUGCACACGGGGGACGAGGGGUAUAUUGACGAGGAGGGCUAUGGCCAUAUCACGGGGCGGAUCAAGGAUCUCAUUAUUCGGGGCGGCGAAAACAUCCCCCCUACCGAGAUCGAAGAGCGGCUCCUCGCCCACCCAGCCAUCGGCGAAGCCUGCGUCGUGGGUCUCGAAAACGAACGCUACGGCGAGGUGGUCGGAUGCUUCCUGCGCAUGGCGAGCAACAACAACAACAACGCAUCGCAGAAAAAGCGACUGUCGGACGACGAGGUGCGCGCGUGGGUGACGCAGACCCUGGGCAAGAUCAAGGCGCCGCAACAGCUAAAGAAGAAUUCAUCUACUUCGGCUGUAUACAUUUCCACUCCAUACGGACGGACUACAUCGGCAGUGAACGUCCAUUUUAGGAAAUCUCUCGGUCCGCAACCAGUUCUUAGGGUUCGGCGGGCACGUGGCAGCCCGGACCGAACCGCGUUCCGGAAGCUGCCGCUCCCUCGGCUCGGCUUCGGCCUGCGAUCUGCUAUCUGGUUGAUGGCAACAGAGUGCGUCCUGAGUAUACUGCCAGGAACUACAUCCGCAUGGCGGGCUUUAAUUAAGCCAGUGCUUGCCUGUCAUCUACGUCACUCGUCUACGACAUCCAUGUCAGUCCGUAUCGUCGAGGUCGGCCCUCGAGACGGCCUGCAGAACAUCCGCAACAAUGUGCCCACGCCCGUCAAGCUCGAGCUGAUCAACCGCCUCGAGCAGACCGGCCUGCGUAUCAUCGAACUGACGUCCGUGGUCUCGCCGAAAGCAAUCCCCCAGCUGGCCGACUGCCAGACGGUGCUGUCGAGCACGCCCGUCCAGAAGCUCCUGACCGAAAAGACCCAUCUCCGUCUGCCGGUGCUGAUACCCAACACCAAGGGUCUCGACAUCGCCCUGAAGUACGGCGUGAAGGAAGCGGCCGUCUUCAUCAGUGCGACGGAAGGCUUCAGCAAGGCCAACAUCAACUGCACCGUCCAGCAGGGUAUUGACCGCGCACGAGCGGUCGCGACCAAGGCCAGGAGUGCGGGAGUUGUGGUCAGAGGUUAUGUGUCAUGCAUCUUUGCCGAUCCCUACGACGGGCCAACGCCUCCCUCCGCCGUAUACCGCUGUGUGAAAGAAUUACUGGACAUGGGCUGCUAUGAAGUCAGUCUCGGAGACACUCUCGGAGUUGGGACCCCAUACCAGGUCCGCGCCCUCAUCGAAUACUUGGUCCGCAACGGCGUCCCGCUCAACCAACUGGCGGGCCACUUUCACGACACCUACGGCCAGGCGCUAGCGAAUGCCUGGGAGGCAUACAACUGCGGAAUUCGCACGUUCGACAGCAGUGUCGCUGGACUGGGCGGCUGUCCGUUCGCGCCCGGAGCCAAAGGCAAUGUCGCCAGCGAGGAUCUCGUGUACAUGUUCCAAAACGCGGGCAUUGACACCGGAGUCGACCUGUUGAAGCUGGUCGAGACGGGCCAUUGGAUCUCUCAGCAGCUUGGCAAGGCGAACGACAGUCGAGCUGGAACCGCCCUGGCCACCAAACACUGUCGACCAUCUCGGGGAAACUCCGAGUCGGCAAAACCGCCCAAACUCGAGUGGACUCUGGAGAGAGAGACGGAAAACCUGCUGAUUUACCGCUCUGGGGUGAACCUGAAGAUGGUGCUGAAUCGACCUAAAAAUGGAAACGCGCUGACCAUGCCGAUGAUCUCCCAACUGAUAGAGGCGUUCAAAACGGCCAGCGCAGACCCGUCCAUCUCGCGGAUCGCCAUCACCGCGAACGGAAAAUUCUUCUGCACAGGGAUGGAUCUCGCAAAAAACAGUACGUCCGUGGGUCAAGGGGGUUCUUCGAGCAGCGCCAUGUUUGAACGGUUAACCACGCUGCUGGAACUGAUUGACAACUCACCAAAGGUAACUAUUGCUGCCAUCAGCGGUCCCACGUUCGGUGGCGGCAUUGGCCUGGCAUUUGCAUGCGACAUCCGCAUCAGCGUCAAGACGGCCGCGUUCACGUUGAGCGAGGUCAAGCUGGGGCUGUGUCCCGCCACCAUCUCCAAGUACGUGGCCCGGGAAUGGGGCACUGCAUUCACUCGGGAAGCCAUGCUCUCCGCCCGGCCUGUGGGCGCGAACGAGCUGAAGGCGCUCGGCGCGAUUGCGGAGGUGGCAGACAACGUGGACGGGCUGCUGAGCCAGCUGGACGGGCUGCUGACCCGGCUGCGGAGUUCGUCGCCGGCAGGGUCGCGCAUGGCCAAGGAGCUGGUCCGCUUGAGCUGGGCCCAUGCCGGUGGGGAAACGCAGGCCCGCGGUAUCCAGGCGCUGUUCGAAGAGAUGAUGCGGCCCGGUUCGGAGGGCGCGUACGGGGUGCAGCAGUUCCAGCAGCGGCGGCCAGUGGACUGGGAUGCGUAUAUCAGGGAGACGCAGAAAGCGAAGCUGUAG